CCGCGGCCGCCCCCCGCGCCUAGGCGGCCCCGCGAUGCCCGCGCCCCGCCGGCUCUGAGCGCGGCGGGGCCAUGGAGGCGGCGGCGCUGGCGCGGGAGGGCGGCGGCCCGGCCCCCCCGCCCCACGAGCCCAUCAGCUUCGGCAUCGACCAGAUCCUCAGCGGCCCCGAGCCCCCGGGCGGCGGCGCGGGGCCGGCCCGGGCGGCGGGAGAGCCCGACUACGGGCUGUACGGCGGCGGCUACGGCCCCGCCUGCUCGCUCGGCUCCUACAACCUCAACAUGAGCAUGAACGUGAGCGUGAACGUGACCCCCGCGCCCGCCGCGCCGCCCGCCGGGGUCAUCCGCGUCCCGGCGCACCGACCCGCGCCCGCCGCGCCGCCCGCCGCGCCGCCGCCGGUGCCCGGGCUCUCGGGGCUCACCUUCCCCUGGAUGGAGACGACGCGGCGCAUCGCCAAGGACCGGCUCUCAGCCGCGCUGUCGCCCUUCGCGGCGACCCGGCGCAUCGGGCACCCCUACCAGAACCGCACGCCGCCCAAGCGCAAGAAGCCGCGCACCUCCUUCAGCCGGGUGCAGAUCUGCGAGCUGGAGAAGCGCUUCCACCGCCAGAAGUACCUGGCCUCAGCCGAGCGUGCCACUCUAGCCAAGGCCCUCAAGAUGACGGACGCCCAGGUCAAAACCUGGUUCCAGAACCGCCGCACCAAGUGGAGGAGGCAGACGGCGGAGGAGCGCGAGGCGGAGCGCCAGCAGGCCAACCGCUUGAUGCUGCACCUGCAGCAGGAGGCCUUCCAGAAGAGCCUGAGCCAGCCGCUGCCCCAGGACCCGCUCUGCAUGCACAACUCCUCCCUGUACGCCCUGCAGAACCUGCAGCCCUGGGCCGAGGACAAUAAGGUGACGUCCGUCUCAGGGGUGGCCUCCGUGGUGUGAGGUCCCUGUGUGGCAGAGGGGGACUGCCUGCGCACCUUGGGGACUUUGAACUUGUCAGGAGGAGGCUGUGGGCAGCAGGAGCCUGGCAGGGUGCAAGCCAGCACCUCUGUCCCGUGGCAGGGAGGGGGCUGCUGCUUCCUGGGCACUCCCCUGAGCGGCAGCCCCCUCCCCAUGCCCACGCCCCCUGGGCACUGGCCCUCUCCGGGCCCCAACGCUGCCCCAGGUGAGCGGUGGCCAUGGGCAGGUGGACUCCAAAGCCCCGACGACCCCUGCCUGGAGCACCACGACCCAUGGGCAGCCCCGCGCCCACAGCCUCCGGGGGAGCCCGUGCACUGGGCCCCUCUCCCCACGUGCCUCUGCCGGCCCUGGACCAUCUGCAGGAGCUGCCCGCUCCCCCCAGCUCCCCGGGGCCUGGUGCCCCCCAUCAGCAGCUCUCCCGGCCAGGCUGCCCCCGCUGCUCCACCACCAUCCUGCUGGGGAGGGCAGAGCCCAGGGCGCAGGCAGCCUCCCCCAGACUUGCACAUUCCCAGUGCUGGAAACUUGCCGCUGCCCUUGUGAGCAGGUGUUGGGGUGGAUGGCGUCCUCACAAGCACCGGCCUUACCCGAGUUGGAGUUCAUCAUCUGGGGAUCCCAGGGCUGGUGAGGAGCCCCAGCCCCUCUGUCCUCUGAGCAGACAGACAGACGGAGCUUCUCUGCCGCAGGGCAGGACCUCCUGGUGCUGCUGCCCCCACCGCCUCCUGCAGUGCUGGCCCUGGACACUGGGCACAGGGUCCCUGUACCUGCCAGCGGGCAGCAGCACCCGGCCAGAGGCUGCCCCCUCCAGCCUCUGCUCCCUGGGGACACCUCCGCCUCCUCCCCACGCUGCCUGUCCUGGUGUGGGACUGACCCCUUGGUGUGGUGAGGCGCAGAGCGUGCAGGCAGUGGGGUCUGCUGGGGUCUCUGCUGCAGAACCCCUGGUCCAGAGAACUUCUGGCCCACGACCUGGCCCCUCCUGAGGCAGGACCGGCACCAGGGCGCAGACCUGAGCCCCUCAGCCCUGCUCCAGCUCCAGCCCUGACCGGGAUGGAGCACAGCUCAGGCAACGUGGUGCCGGGACACGGGGACCCCCCCUCCCGGGCCAGCUCCAGAUGGGGUCCCCGGCUGCUGAUGGGUCGUGAUGACCUGCCUCUGCCCCUGCCCUUGACCUUGACCCCAACCCCGGCCCUAUGCCCCGCCCUGCCGCUGUCCAUGGUGCUGCCCGGGACCCGAUGGGGCGCACGGGGGCACCCUCCAGGACCGGGGGUGCCGGCAGGGCGCUGCCCCCACCCGGGGCUUGGAGGCGGGCAGGGCGGCGUCCCGCCGGUGCCGGCAGCACCACCGGGGGGGGGCGGGCAGCCGGUGCCGGUUUCCCGGGGGCGGGAUUGGCUGCGGCCCCGUGACGCGGCCCCGUUUACCGGGAGGCGGGGGGGGGGGGCGGGAGCCGCUGCGGCGCCGCCGCAGAGCCUCCGGGAUGAGCGCGGCCGGCCCCGGCGGGGGGGAGGAGGACGGCUCCGCCGCCUGCGCGCUGGGCUGGCCCGGGCCCCGCUGCCGGCCCCGCUCCCGGGGCGGCGAGGCGGUGCUGCGUGCCCGCGCCGAGGCGGCCGGGUACCGGCGGCUGCUCCGCGCCCGCGCGGCGGAGGUGGAGGCGCUGCGCGGGGCCGUGGGGGCUCUGCACCGGCAGCUGGAGGGGCUGCGCGACCGCCGCAGCGGGGAGCUCGCCAAGUACCAGGAGCGGGUGGCGGAGCUGGAGCGGGAGAUCGGCGAGGCGGAGCAGGAGAUGGCGCGGUGCCUGCGCGAGUACCCGGCGCUGCUGCGGCUCCGGAUGGCGCUGGACGCGGAGAUCGCCGCGUACCGGGAGAUGCUGGAGGGGGAAGAGCUGCGCCUGGGCUCCGUGGCCCCGCCGUGACGGGACCCCCGGCCCCGCCCCCGCGCUGCGGGACCCCGGACUGCCGGGCCCCGCCGGACCCCCAGGCCCCCGGCCCGCUGCGCUGGGGGGUGCCCCGAGCUCCCGCUGCCCCGCGCCUCGGGACAACCCCCGGAUUCCCGAGCCGUGGGACCCCCGGACUCCCGGAACCCCCCGUCCUUUGGACCCCCUCGCCACGGGACUCCCCGGACUCCGGGGACCCCCGGGCACCUGGGCUGCCCAGACCCCCGCCCCAGGAGGCCCCGGCACCCCAGGAGGGCAGCGCCCGCCGGGCCGCCCACUCUCACCAGCCUCUCCAGAGCAGCAGCAGGGCUUGGGGUCCUGGCCCCGACCUGCGCGGAAGCACCUCAAUAAAGGCCCCGUGGCAUUACCCAGUG